AAAGAUUUAUUGACAGAAAGAAAACACAAAGUACAACUGACGUCACCGCGUUACGUCAGCAGGAAACACGAUGUAAACACAGCUAAGCAACAUCACGCCAACUCUCUCGCUGUAUCUCUGAACGGAGCUGUUAGCUGUGGUAGCUAACGCGAGAGCUAGCUGCCAGCCUUCACCAAAAUGGAUGAUAACAAGAUGGUGGCUGGUAAAGUGAAGAAACCCGGCAAACGUGGCCGCAAACCUGCAAAGAUCGACCUGAAGGCUAAACUGGAGCGAAGCCGUCAGAGCGCCAGAGAGUGCAGAGCGAGGAAGAAACUGAGAUACCAGUACCUGGAGGAACUGGUCUCCAGUAAGGAGAGAGCCAUCUGUGCCCUGCGGGAGGAGCUGGAGAUGUACAAGCAGUGGUGCUCAGCCAUGGAUCAGGGGAAGAUCCCCUCAGAGAUUAAAGCUCUGCUGACCGGAGACGAACAGAAAAUGCCUCAAAGUGGCAGCAGCACCAAGACAUCCAAGAACAACAAGAACAGCAUCAGCAGCAACGGUCAGGGUUGAAUCAGUCCGUCUGAGACCGAGAGACUGAUGAUAUGAAGGAGGGAAACUGCUGCUGUCAAUCAUCAUUAAGCAACACAAACUAACCUGCAGUCUCACAGCGACCUGCACAUAGUAAUAAUCUUUGUUUCAUAGAUACACACGUACGUAGUCCCUAAAGUUUCAGACCAUAGUAAGCUUCAACAUUAACACAUUUCUUCUGCAGUACACCGCUUCAUCUGUCCUUCAGCAGAGACUGUUUCUGGUUUCUUUUCACAGGAAAAACAAUGUAGUUAUUCGGUGAAUAAAUCGUGUAUGUGUAUGGCUUCGGUGCUGCCCUUCAUAUUAUAUUUAUACAUAUAAAGCACACUGUGGUUCGACAGUAUAUAUUCUAAAUGUGACCAAUCAUCUGCAGGUGUCUCCAAACAAUAAGAUGGCCGCCCUGCUGUAGCAUUACAAUAAAGAUCAGAGGAAUCUGAAUGUACAGUGACGUUGAUCAGAGGUCUGUUGGAUAUAUUUUUGUAUUUGUAUUUUAUAUAUCGGCUCAGAGGGAGCGUGUUGUGUUUGUGAAUGUUUGUUUCAGCUGAACGAGUUGGCGUCUGUAACCAGAAAUUCGACCUAAGUAAUAAGUAGGUUUACUUCCCACGGCUUCUGUUUACUGUGUGUUUCUCUCUGCUCACCUGGAUCCAGUAGUCGCAGCAUCAUUUCUCCGUCACUGAGGUGAUGAAACUCCUCGUGAACGUUUGUGCACUUUUUUUUUUAAUAUACGUAUUUGGCAGAAGCACUUUGUUUAAUGAUUGUUUGAGGCUUUGCAACAAUAUCUGUGUCUGAACUCUUUCUUUGUUAAAGGAAAUAAAAGUGUGUUUGACUGACCGAUGGA